AUGUUUUUUGAUAGGUUCUCCGACAACAAGUUCUCCACGACUGAGAUGACGAUUCCCCUCACGGUUCGACCCCUCUCCUUCUCCUCGAACGGUAACCCGCGUGUAGAUCGGAUGGAAGUUCACGGCCUUUGGGAGAAGCAAGUCUCGACGAUGGACAAGACUUCUCCACUGCCGGAGCCUCCGGACCCUCCGUGGUGUGGCCCAGAUUCUUCUCUGCUAAUAAGGCUUCAUCGCCGUUGUUUUUCCUUUGCUCAUCUCGCCAAAUCCCAAGUCUUAUGCUUCAUCUCAUGCUCCUUUGACUGCGAGAACCACUCCUCGCCCAGUUUCCAACUCGUCUCCGCCGGCGCACCCCUCAUCACCCCCACGGAUUCAACUCCCGCUUUGUCGGCGACGAGAUCUCUUGUGGCGCAAAACCGCCGCCAUCCCCUCGCGAUCUCAUCUCCCAGUGCUGUAAAAUCGAUCUCUCUGGAAGGGAGACUAGGUUAG